AGUAACCAUGGCAAAAGCUUACACAUUUAAUUGGCAGAAGCCUGUACCAUCCUUUAUGCAAGAAGGGGCUGUUUUCGACAGAUAUGAAGAGGAUCCCUUUGUCUUUGAACCUAACUGUCUCUUCAAAGUGGAUGAGUUUGGUUUCUUUCUCACAUGGAAAAGUGAUGGAAAGGAAGGCCAGGUUUUAGAAUGCUCUCUGAUCAACAGUAUCCGGAAUGGAGCUGUCCCAAAGGACCCUAAAAUAAUUACUGCAUUGGAAUCAGUUGGGAAAACAGAGAAUGACCUAGAGGGACGCAUCGUUUGUGUCUGCUGUGGUACCGACUUGGUGAACCUGAACUUCAUUUACAUGGUUGCAAACAAUGCAGAAACAGCAAAGCAAUGGAUGGAAGGAUUGAGAUCAGUGAUCCAUAACUUCAGAGCUAAUAAUGUCUGUCCCAUGACUUGCCUAAAAAAACACUGGAUGAGGCUAUCAUUUUUGACAAAUACAAAUGGAAAGAUUCCAGUCAGAAGCAUAACCAGAACCUUUGCAUCAGGGAAAACAGAAAAAGGGAUCUUUCAAGCACUUAAGGAAUUAGGUCUUCCCAGUGGAAAGAACGAUGAAAUUGAACAUUCCGUCUUCACUUUUGAUAAAUUUUAUGCACUUACUCAAAAAAUCUGCCCCCGGACUGACAUUGAGGAGCUGUUUAAAAAACUCAAUGGAGACAAAACUGAUAAUUUAACCGUAGACCAAUUAGUCAGCUUUCUGAAUGAAAAUCAACGAGACCCCCGGUUGAAUGAAAUUCUGUUUCCAUUCUACGAUCAAAAAAGAUCAAUGCAGAUAAUUGAAACAUAUGAGCCAGAUGAAGCACUAAAGAAACAAGGUCGGAUAUCCAGCGAUGGGUUUUGUAGGUAUCUGAUGUCAGAUGAAAAUGCUCCAGUCUUCCUUGAUCGUUUGGAGCUUUACCAAGAAAUGGAUCACCCUUUGGCGCACUACUUUAUAAGUUCCUCCCAUAACACAUAUCUUACUGGCAGACAGUUUGGAGGCAAGUCAUCUGUUGAAAUAUAUCGGCAGAUCCUCCUGGCAGGAUGCAGAUGUGUAGAAUUGGACAUUUGGGAUGGGAAAGGAGAAGACCAAGAACCAAUAAUAACCCAUGGGAAAGCCAUGUGCACAGAUAUUCUCUUCAAGGAUGUAAUUCAAGCCAUUAAAGAAACCGCUUUUACCACAUCUGAGUAUCCAGUGAUCCUUUCAUUUGAAAACCACUGCAGUAAACCACAGCAAUUUAAGAUGGCAAGGUACUGUGAAGAGAUUUUUGGAGAUCUGUUAUUGAAGCAACCGCUUGACAGUCAUUCGCUUGAACCUGGACAACCUUUGCCUUCUCCCAAUGACCUGAAAAGAAAAAUACUCAUUAAAAAUAAAAGGCUUAAAGCUGAAGUUGAGAAGAAGCAACUUGAGGCAUUUAAAAGGCUCAUGGAAGCUGGAGAAACAACAGCUCCCGCUCACAUUUUGGAAGAUGAGAAUGAAGAAGAAAUAGAAAAUGCCGAUCCAGAAGAAGAAGCACAUCCAGAAUUAAAGUUUGACAGUGAAAUAUCCUCUGAUGAUUUGAGUCAGACAGAAGCACAGACAAAUAACGUGAAGAAGGGUGGUAUAACUGUAGAGGAUGAACAGGCUUGGAUCACCUCAUAUACGUAUGUAGGUGCUACAACUAAUAUUCACCCUUACCUAUCAGCGAUGGUUAACUACGCUCAGCCUGUUAAGUUUCAAGGCUUUGAUGUGGCAGAAGAAAGGAACAUCCAUCACAAUAUGUCAUCUUUCAACGAAUCGGUUGGACUGGGAUAUUUGAAGACUAAUGCCAUAGAAUUUGUAAAUUAUAAUAAACGACAAAUGAGUCGAAUCUACCCCAAAGGAGGCCGAGUGGAUUCCAGUAAUUACAUGCCUCAGAUCUUCUGGAACGCUGGCUGCCAGAUGGUCUCACUGAACUACCAGACCUCAGAUUUGGCAAUGCAGUUGAACCAGGGGAAAUUUGAGUAUAAUGGAUCAUUCGGGUACUUGCUCAAGCCUGACUUCAUGCGACGACCUGACCGAAUGUUUGACCCUUUUUCAGAAACACCUGUAGAUGGUGUUAUUGCAGCUACUUGUUCUGUUCAGGUUUUUUCAGGUCAGUUUUUAUCAGACAAGAAAAUUGGCACAUAUGUAGAGGUGGACAUGUAUGGGUUACCCACAGACACCAUACGCAAAGAGUUCCGGACCCGAAUGAUCAUGAACAAUGGUCUGAACCCUGUUUACAACGAGGAGCCUUUUGUUUUUAGAAAGGUGAUACUGCCUGACCUUGCUGUACUCAGAAUUGCAGUUUAUGAUGACAGUAACAAGUUGAUUGGUCAGAGAAUUCUACCUCUGGAUGGUCUUCAGGCUGGCUACAGACAUAUCUCCCUACGAAAUGAAUGCAACAAACCUUUAUCACUGCCAACUAUUUUCUGUAACAUUGUUUUAAAAACAUAUGUUCCGGAUGGAUUUGGAGCUAUUGUUGAUGCUCUGUCUGAUCCAAAGAAGUUUUUAUCUAUCACGGAAAAGAGGGCUGACCAAAUGAGGGCUAUGGGUAUUGAAACUAGUGAUAUUGCAGAUGUGCCAAAUGACAGCUCUAAGAAUGACAAAAAAGGGAAAGUUAACCAAGUCAAAGCAAGUGUGACACCCCAGAGCAGCUCUGAGUUGAGACAAAAUUCAACAUCUGGCCAGGGAAUUGGUAACGAUUCCAAGAAAGACACAGCAGCACUUGUGCCUCAGGUGAAUAUUGAUGACUUGAAACAGAUGAAGACCUAUAUUAAGCUGAUGAAGAAACAGCAAAAAGAUCUAAAUGUCUUAAAGAAAAAACAUGCAAAGGAUCACUGUGCCAUGCAGAAGUCACAUUGUACACAUGUUGACAAAAUAGUGGCACAGCAUGAUAAAGAAAAGCUGUCUUACGAAAAGCUUCUGGAUAAAGCUAUCAAGAAAAAAGGAGAAAACAGCUGUCUUGAAAUGAAGAAAGAAACUGAAAUUAAACUCCAAGCAUUAUCAUCAGAGCACAAAAUAAAGGUAAAAGAGAUUGUGGCCCAACAGACCAAGGAGUGGUCAGAGAUGAUCAACUCCCACAGUGUGGAGGAGCAGGAGAUUCGGGAUCAGCAUUUGGUCCAGCAGUGUGAACACCUGAAAAAACUCCUAGUUGCUGUUCAAGAGCAGCAAACCCAGCAUCUUAAGCUUAUUCAUGACAGGCAGAGCAAAGAAAUGCGUGCUAACCAGGCUAAGACCUCCAUGGAAAACAGCAAAGCCAUCAGCCAAGAUAAAUCAAUCAAAAAUAAAGCUGAAAGGGAGAGGAGAGUGAGGGAAUUGAACAGCAGCAACACUAAAAAGUUUCUAGAAGAAAGAAAAAGGCUUGCAAUGAAGCAGUCUAAGGAAAUGGAUCAGCUGAAGAAAGCGCAGCAUGUGCAGAUAGAAAACCUAGAAAAACAGAAUGAGCAGCUUUUGAAAUCACAUCAUGCAGAGUCUCACAGUCAAGGCAAAGGAGAUGCAGCAGAUGGUGAAGCUGGAAGCAGAGAUGGGCCGCAGACCAGCAACAGUUGUGUGAAGCAACCCCAAACAAACAACUAGCUGAGAACCCAAUGGCACACAUACUGCGAAAUGAACAUUCUGCUCAGAUUUUAUUCUUCUUAGUCUCUAAGAUUUCUUCCAAGUCUUGGAGAUAACUGUUACCAGUCAGAAAAUAUUGUGGCAUUCUACUUCAGCUCUUCAGUAUAGAGUUUCCUAUGUAGUGCUGACUGUUAUACAAGCGAUUACAAAAUGUAACCGGAUGUGAAAACCCAUUAAUGCCAUUAUGACAGUUUUUAUAAAUGCAUUCCACCCAAAACCAUUUUUAAACAUAUUAGAUUAUUUUAUUCUUUAAAUUUUUGGGUUUUUUUUAUGUUUGUUUUUUUAUAAGGUUAUUUUUUAAAGUGCUUGACAUGAGCUUUUAAUUCCAGUUCUGUCUUCACACCGAAAUUUUUGGGAUGCUUGUAAAUCAGUCAGUAUACCUGAAAAGUACUCAAGAGUUAUGUACUAUGUCAUAAGCACUUUAUGAAUAUGAAUAUUUGGCUGUGAGAAGCAUGUGAAUCCAUACUAACUUGUUGUACAAAUCCAGACAGAGCUGUGUAAUUGUGCAGUGGGUAAGGUGUCUCAAGAACGUUAAGUGGUGGAAUGUCUGAUAGAGGUGCAUCAUUUUGGGCUGGGGAUAUAGGAAAUGUUUAUAUAAAUCUAAAACAAAGAAAAAAAAAAUCCUUUGCUUAGAAAAUUUGUAUUACUUAUUUUAAAGUGACUAUUAAUAGGUUGCUGUAUUUGUUACCUCAUCCGAAGAAUCGAAUACAUAAAUGAAUCUGCAAUAUAAAGUGCACAUUCGUUACAUGUAACUGUAGGUAAAGGAGAUGUUUUGUAAUCCAUCUUUGCCGUCAACGCACAUACAAUUCCCCUAACUGCCUGGACUAAAUGUAAUCAAAUUAAACAGGUUUUCAAAACAAAAGAAAAACAGCAAGAAGCACAAGGAAGGUUGCUGUACAUUAUGCUCAUGGUACAGUGACUUACUGUGCUAAUUACAGGUUUUCAAGGUUGUAACAGUCUAAUUAAAUUUGAAAGAAUGAAAGAAGCAUAUGUUAGUCUCAGUCCAACAGAAUACAACUUUGCUUAUCAAUCUCACAGGCUUGAAAUGGCUUUAUGGUAAUACUAACAUACAUAUGAGUAUUAAAAUAAUUGAUCUUGUUGUAACCCAGACUACAAUCUGUUGUGUGCAAAUAGUGUAUUUCAUGGACAAGUACACAAGCCUGUUUCACUUUUUAAAUUGCAGAGUAAAGACUGUAAAGGUUUUAAAAUUAUGUAUCUAGCUUCAAACUUGUAUUUUAUGAUUAUUUUCAUAAUCUCAGCAUAUACGACAUGGGCCUUAAGACACGGCACAUUCUAACUGAGAAAAGUGAUCACUAAGAAAACCGUAGCUCUGUGAAUACAGUUUAACUAUAAUAAAAAUGGAACCCAGAUCUUGCUCUUAAGCGCUGCACAAAUAAUCAUGAUAAGAUGAUAAACAAUCAAAAAACAAACACAUUGUUAUACAGUGAAUGAAUAGUUUUGCUAGAAGAGUUUCAAGCCAUGGAGUGGAAAAGGGCAAACUGUGGACAGGUUUCCAUGCCGUUUAGAAAGUCUGCUCUCUCAUGUAUGUAAUGUAGCCCGCACAUUAUACACGCUAUAGAAAGUGGCAGUCUAAAACAUUGUACGACUUUAAGGAGUGGGUAAAUCACCAUCUCACGCUAAAAAGACAUAAAAUCGACCAAGAACUAGGUUUUGUUUCCUCCUUUGAAAAAGUUCCUAAAGUCGUACCUUCUGUGUACGAGACUUCAGCAGUGAAAAUCCUGUUUGUGACGUAACCUCACUCAACUUUCUACUACAGUAAAGGCCGAACCAAGCUAUCCUUUAUUAUCUGAGCAAGGUUAUUAAAAAAAAUAUUAAAGCUACUGCAAAUUAAAAAAAUGCAGCCCUUUGCAAUGCAUAAAUAAAUAAUGAAGCCCUUGUUUGUUCUUUUACAUUUUUAAUAUCUUUGUGUUUGGUGAUCAGAUUCCUUAAGCUUCGACUUUUCUGCCCUUUAGUUAUAAGAUGCAAUACAUUGUACGCUAGCCUUAAAUAACAUCUAUCAUCUAUACCUAACCAAGGACAAAAAAAAGGCAAGUUUGUACCCCAAUGUAUUAAAUUAGCAUAUCUGGGAAUUGCUGCCGGUGGCUUUCUUAUUGGUGCAGGCUACCGACAACACCAGACUUGAGUGUUCACCUGGAGUUGAAGUAAAAUCUCUUAAACUUAAUUCAUUGAGUGAGAUUUGUUCUAGAAGAACGAAAACUCAAAAAAGAAAAACAAAACUGAUGGUUCCAAAAAGACAAAUACGAAGCUUAACAAAUACAAAGACAUAACGUAGUGCCAAAAUGUCCUGGUGGAUUAGCAUCUACCCAAUAACAAUAAAAUAUAACCACAUUCUACUGGCGAGAUUCAGGUAUUUAUUAUUAUUAUUAUUAUUAUUAUUAUUAUUAUUAUUAUUAUUAUUAUUAUUAUUUUUAGGCCUAGUAGUCAUAGUAGUCGUAGUACUAGUAUAAGAAUAUUAUGUAGCAGGAAAUGUGGGCGAGUAGUGUAGCCUAUUGUAGAUUUACUACCAGUAUUUAAAAAUAUAUACUGUACUAAGCAUUUUGACUGGAUCAUUUUGAUAUCAUGAAGUGCUGGUAUUUUAGUUCUUCAUAGACUAUAAGGUUCAGAAUUGCUGAAGAUACAGUUUCAUAAAACAACUUGUAUAUAUUAUAUAUGUACAUGUAUAAUAUGGUUAUAAUAUAUAUGGUGUCAAAAAAUGUUUAGCAAAUAAUACAAGGAUAGUACCCAGCGCUUUCUUGUGAUUUUUUUUUUUUUAUGGUGGUUGUUUUCUUUCCCGUAGUUUUUUAAUUAUUUUUUUGGGAUGGCCAAAUGAGGCAGGCUACACUUGCAAUGCUUCAACACAAAGUAAAAACUUUGUGGAAAUCCAGUUUAAAACAUGAUUCGCACAGGACUAAAAGCGGAGGAUGUCUAGUAACCUCCCAGACGUCGGUAAAUUCAAAGUCAAGCGGGACAUGUAUCAAGUGUUAGUGACAGCAUUAAGAGAGUGUCGCGUUUACGCCGGCCUUAAAAUUGUGCCGUAUGUAUCAUGACAUUUUUGGGAAGUUAAGACCACCAAAAUGCGCUCCGCCGUCCAUUAGCAAUGCAUUAUAAGGCGUGUCUAGCCUUAAUAAUAUGCAUGGGCAAAUUGUAGGUGGGGCUCAUUUGUAAAUUAAGUCUGAUAUUAAAAUGUGAUUUAUGAAACGGCAGAACAGCAGUGCCGGCCCUAAAAGGGUCCACAAAUAAGACUGAUUUCAAAUUGGCCAUAUUUGGGAGCAAAGAAAAAGUCAGAAUGCAGCUGUUAGGAAAGGGCAUUAUGGCAGCAGUCAUAUAGGGGCCCGGAAAAUUCACUGUGUGUUUAAAGAAAUUAAUGAAUGAUAAUUAAAAAACAGAAUUUCACGGAGUGUCACGAAACCGACAUUUUGAAACACUAAUUUUCUAUUUACAUUAUAUUCUACUGAUGUAAGUUGCCAAAAUGUUUUAUCAUUGAUAGUUCAUCAAAAACAUCACCGAAAACCCAAGACUGACACGUUUUAACAUUUAGCCUAGCUACUGAGUCAACUUUUUAAAAAUGUGCAUUGUAACUCGAUUCACUAUUGAAUUAAAAACAACAAAAUUAUGCUGGAAACGAGACGUUUAAAAUGGUAUGUUGGCUGCAAAAAAAAGUAACAAGCAGAGAAAUGUUAACUGCAAACCUCAAAUUACAAAACCAAAGCUUUUGUGUUUUUCUUUAUACACACUACAUGUCUCGUAGUAUGUAGAAAUGUCAUUGUACAGCAUGAGUAAUUCACCAAUCGAAGCCGGUAUUGGUGUGACCCUGUUGCAUUAGUAACCAAAUGCAUGGCAUUGAGCCAGAUCGUGUACAGCUACUGUAGCACUGCUUCUACCUGAUAAAAGUAUGACAUCAACAGGGAAGGUGAAGAGUAAUGUAAAAUACUGUAAGCAAAAUAAGAUGCAUAUUUUUCAGAGUGGGCAGUCAAAAACAUGAUUUCCGUGAAAUUCGUGAUAUCGUGAGUUUUCAGGGGCAUUUCUUACGACAGAGAGUGCAGGAUCCUAACCUUCCAGAACAACCCAGGAACAGAGGGAGAGAACUGAGAAGAAGGAAGAGUACUUAGGGUCUGCAUUAACCUCUGUGAUCUCCCUGAGGAUUAAAUUAUAGCUUGAUACCGGCUAUUUCAUUAUGUACAAUUAUUUGUAUUGGUCGUAUAAUAAACGUGGUUCAUUAUAUCUUUCUCAUUGGGUAUAUUUGGUUUUAUCAGUCAUGUAAUAAUAACAUAAUAUAAAGUCAACACGGGUCAUUGCCUCUCC